AUGUCGCGACCGGCGGCGCGCAGACGCCCGUUGGCCGGGGCCGAGGGGGAAGCCCCCGCGGGAGCCCCCGCGCCCGGCGAUGCGGAGCGGGGCAUGGCGGCGCCGGGCCCCAGCCCCUGGCUGCGCCUGCUGGCGGCGGCCUUCUACGGCCUCAGCUCCUUCCUCAUCGUCGUCGUCAACAAGAGCGUCCUCACCACCUACGGGUUCCCCUCCUCGCUGUGCGUGGGGCUGGGUCAGAUGCUGGCGACGGUGGUGGUGCUGUGGGUGGGCAAGGUGCUGAGGGUAGUCAAGUUCCCUGACCUCGACAGGCAUGUCCCACGGCGGACGUUUCCUCUACCUCUUCUGUAUUUUGGGAACCAGAUCACAGGACUCUUCAGCACAAAGAAACUGAACCUGCCCAUGUUCACUGUCCUGCGGAGGUUUUCCAUCCUGUUUACAAUGUUUGCCGAAGGAUUCUUACUCAAGAAGAAGUUUUCCUGGAGCAUUCAGAUGACAGUAUUUGCCAUGAUCAUCGGCGCCUUCAUAGCUGCUAGUGCUGACUUGGCAUUCGACCUGGAGGGAUAUAUUUUUAUCCUGAUUAACGAUGCCUUAACGGCUGCAAACGGUGCCUACGUGAAACAGAAGCUGGAUUCAAAGGAGCUGGGAAAGUAUGGGCUGCUGUACUACAAUGCACUGUUCAUGCUCCUGCCCACCCUGACCAUUGCCUACUUCACCGGAGAUGCGCAGAAGGCAGUGGAGUACCAGGGCUGGGCAGACAUGCUCUUCAUCCUGCAGUUCACACUGUCGUGUGUGAUGGGGUUUAUUUUGAUGUACUCCACUGUUCUUUGCACUCAGUAUAAUUCUGCUCUUACAACUACAAUAGUUGGCUGCAUUAAGAAUAUUUUAAUAACCUAUAUUGGGAUGUUUUUUGGAGGAGACUAUAUUUUUACAUGGACAAACUUCAUUGGUCUAAAUAUCAGUAUUGCUGGAAGCCUGGUGUAUUCCUACAUCACCUUCACGGAGGAGCAACUCAACAAGCAGUCUGAGGCUGGCAUCAAGAUGGAUAUUAAAGGCAAGAGCUCAGUGUGACCACGGAGAAGCCCCUUUCUUUGGGUGGGUUUUUCUUGGAAGCAACCCAUUUCUGUUCAGCUGAUCCAUGGGCAGAAGGUGGGCAAGAAUCAGAGGUGUCCUGCCACGGAGUACUGUUGAUGCUCUUGAUUUGCACAAUUGUGAUUGCUGCCUUGACAGAUGAUUGGGACAGUGACUGACUGCACAGGGAAGAAGACCUCUGAUUAGGUCUGAUGGUGAGCAAUUAAGGGAUUUCUAAUCAAGCUGAGAUUUGGCCACCGGUGGUGUGUCCACGUUGGAAUGGUGGAGGGCUGUGGAGGCUCUAAGCCUUGAUCUGUUCCAAGCCAGGGUGGAUGUGGCUUGGAGCAGUCUGGUCUAGUAGAAGGUGCCCUUGCCCAUGGCAAGGGUUGGAAUGAGAUGGUCUGCAAGGUCUCUUCCAACCCAGUUCAGUCUGUGCUUCUGGCUGUGCCAUCCUUGGCUGCAUCUGCAGCCGUGGAUGGGUGUUGGGGCUGGCUCUGCUCCGUGUGUCUCCCAGCCUGGUCUCUUGAGCAUAUGCUGCUGCUGCAGGAAGGUGAGACCAUGGUGGUGGGUAUGA